AUAAAGAUAAAAAAAAAACAUGACGACAGUUUGCAGUAACUGGCUGAACAUAUUUUCGUGUAUGCGACAUACAGUUCCAAAAAAGCCAGCUAUCCACCCACAGGUUCACCCGAACAAACGGGCGUUCGAUGCUAUAAUUGUAUGGAAGGGGAAAGGUGAAAAAGGAACCAAAGAGAGCUAUGGAGGUGUGGCCUAUGACUACAUCCUGAAACCUGCCAUGGAGGCCUCAUCCAGACCUGUCUCACCACCCAAAGAGAAAGAAAGACCACUUACACAUGAUCAAAUUGUCAGAAAACUAAUGAAAGCUGAAGAAAGGAGACAGUCCAUAGAGGCACAGAAAGUGGAAUUUGCUGCACGAGAGAAAACAAAAAUCCAAGAAGUAAUGUCAAAAUCGAUGGAACAGGAGGAGCAGUUUGCCAGAGCUGCACACGACAAGCUACGUAGGUCUAUGGAAAUCACAAAGGAGAACCGCAAACUCCAAAUUAUGGCUCUUCAAGACAAGCUCCGAGAUCAUUUGGCCAGGGUGGAAGAAGUUUGUAAAAAUAGUGACAGUAUGGCCAAAGAUCUCAGCUUAAAAGAAAAAAUUGAUCAGAAACUUGAAGCAAAAGAGGAAAACCGUAAAGCUCAACUGCAAGCCUUGCUAGUCCGCCUCAAAGAUCACGCAAAACAUAUUGAGGAUGUUUGCAAGGCCAGUGAGAACAUCAACAAAGCACAGGAAGAGAAAAUGAUAAACAAGAUGGAAAAUGCUCUAAGGAACCGUGAAGAGCACUUGCGAGCACUGCAAGAUCGGCUCAAGGAACAUGAGCGUAAAAUUGAGGAAGUCCGGAGGAACAAACUGAAUUUACAGAUCACCAAUUCUGACUAAGGGGUAUAACCCCUACCUAUCUACCCCGCCCUUUUACUCUGCCCUGUGUUCACGGUGUCGUCAAAUGAAAGGACAAAGAACAAUGUCUGCACAGUUUUAUGGAUUAUUUAUCUACAUUAAACCAACCUUGUACUGUUUUUGUGAGAAAGUGUGAUUGUCAGUUUUCAUGUUGAUCUCCCUGGAUGUUAAGUUUUGUUUAAAUGCAUACCUCUUUAUCGUACACAGUAUUUUCUCAAUUU